UUUCCGCAAGCUCCUGUCUCCUGCUCCUCGCCAACCAUGCUUGCGCUCGCCAUCGCCUCACCAGCGGCUCCCGUCGUCCCGGCGUCGAGCGGCGACCCACUCACCAACGACGACGGCUACCUCGGCGGCGCCAUCACCACACCGCCCGACGAGCAGCGCGGUCCGGCCUCGUGGAUUCAGUUCGCCGGGAUGGGCCUCGUCACAGGGGCAAAGUAUACCACGGCGGGCAUCGAAACGGGCCUCGACUGGAUCACGGGCGGGCUGGGUCAGGCGAGCUCCGACUCCGCCUCCAACACCGGCCACCGUUUCCAGGACCUCAACACUGACACCACCUCCGACUUCGGUACGCUGGCCGAGGGCGGAUCGAUGGGCCGCCGCAAGCUCACCGACCCGGACUUUGACUUCCAGAAGGAGGGCGAGGCGUACCAGGCGUCCGGCGCUGCGACGGGCGACGCGUUCGGCACCCUGUCUGAGGGCAUGGCCACCCCGCCCGAGGAGAAGCGGGGCGGCGGCGCUCUCCUCGACGGCGCUCUCCUCAUGACUGGCCACGACGAACUGCUCGGUAUGGAGCUGGCGGAGCAGGGCCACCCGAUGCUGGGCCUCGCGGCGAUGGAGAUGGGUGAGCACCGCAGGGAGGAGCGGCGCGAGGAGGAGUACCGCGACGAGGAGCGGUACCGCGAGGAGGUCUCGCGGUACCAUGACCAGCCGCAGUACCGCCAUGAAGAGCGCUACGGCUACGGCGAUCCCUUCCACCACGAGCACUAUGGCGACUACCACAGAGGCGGUCGCUGGCUGGAGGCCUCAGAGGAUGGCGCCGCGGACGCGGCAGACAGCUCCGCUGAGGCGUCUGAGGCCGGCCCGUCGACUGCAGCACCGGAGGAGAAGAAGCUGGGAGCGCUGCUACUCGACGGAGCAUUGCUCGCAACCGGUCACGACAACGCUCUCGGUGUCGCCCUCACCUCGCAAGGCCACCCCGUCGCAGGGUACAUGGCGAUUCAGCACGGCGAGCGGCGCGAAGAGGAGCGCCGGCGUGAGGAGGAGCGGAGGCGCGAGGAGGAGUGGCGCCGCCAGCAGCGCAACGGAUACGGAUACGAUCGCUACGACAGGGAUCGUUUCGACCACCACCAAUCCAUGCUUGGCCGUUGAGCGUGGUGCCAGCGCGAUUGUCACCGACAAGAGCAGCGUGCAGACGGCGUGGCGAUCGCGGAAUCGGUGACGGUUUGUUAGGUGCAGGGUUCUCUCUCCCGUCCAUGAUGAGAGAUCUUGGUUUAAGCGCAAUGUGUGCGUGUCAGAGAUGCGAGAAAUUUUGUGUGCAUUGCCUCAAACAACAACAUUGUGACCAU